CGUCGCUGACGGCCGCGCUGCCCAAGCUGUUCGCCGAGGAGCAGCUGCAGACCGGUGCGGUGCUGGGGGCGAUGCUGGGGCUCGGCCUCUUCGUGGUCCUCGUUGCUGCCGCCAUCGCGGUGCUGGUGCGCAGGCUGCGCCUCAAGAAGGUGCCAGCUCAGGAGACGCCCAAGUACCGUUUCCGCAAGCGGGACAAGAUGCUCUUCUACGGGCGCAAGAUCAUGCGCAAGGUUUCCCAGUCCACCUCGUCCCUCGUAGACACCACCAUUUCCAGCACCUCCCGGCCCCGCAUGAAGAAGAAGCUCAAGAUGCUGAAUAUUGCCAAAAAGUUCCUGCGCAUCAAGAAGGAGUUGCCCACGCUGCAGCUGAAGGAACCUCCGCCGUCAGUGCUGGAGGCCGACCUGACCGAGUUCGACGUGGCUAAUUCCCACCUGCCCUCCGAAGUGCUCUACAUGCUGAAAAACGUGCGGGUGCUGGGUCACUUUGAGAAGCCGUUGUUUCUGGAGCUUUGCAAACACAUGAUCUUCCAGCAAUUCCAGCAGGGAGAAUACGUCUUCCGACCCGGGCAGCCCGAUACCAGCAUUUACGUGCUGCAGGACGGCAAGUUGGAGCUCUUCCUGACGGAGCCGGAUGGGAAGGAAACGGUCAUGAAGGAGGUAUUCGCAGGCGACAGCGUGCACAGCUUGCUCAGCAUCCUCGACGUCAUCACGGGGCACCAGCGGCCGUACCGGACGGUGUGCGCCCGGGCAGCAGAGGACUCCACCGUGCUGCGGCUGCCCGUUGAGGCCUUCUCGGCAGUGUUUGAGAAAUACCCCGAGAGCCUGGUGCGGGUGGUGCAGAUCAUCAUGGUGCGCUUGCAACGCGUCACCUUCCUGGCCCUGCACAACUACCUGGGGCUCACGAAUGAGCUCUUCAGCCACGAGAUGCAGCCACUGCGGCUCUUCGCCCAGCCCAGCCACGCAGCCCGCACCAGCCCCGUGCGCCACAGCAAGCGGGUCCUGAGCGCUGCCGUCGCUGAUGAGGGCAGGGAGAGCACAGCCAGGCCCCCAGAGGCAGCCAGGGAGCUGGCUGACCCGUUGAAGGCAGGAGCCCUGGAUGCCCCUGUGCCGCCGUUACUGAGCCGUUGCAUCUCGAUGCCAGUGGAUAUCUCCGGCAUCCAAAAAGGUCCCCGCUCCGACUUUGACAUGGCCUAUGAGCGUGGCCGCAUCUCGGUAUCGCUGCAGGAGGACAGCACCGGUGCCCUGGCCUCCUUCUCCCGGUCCAUCUCCCAAGAGCCCAAGGAGCGUAAGUCAGUGACAGUGGAGGAGCAGCCGUCGAGCAUCUACCACUACAACUAUUGCGAGGACGAGGCGGUGAGCGGUGAUGGCCUCUUCGGGCCCUCUCAGGGCCGCCAGAGCAGCACCAUCUUCGAGGCAGCGAAGCGGGAGCUGGUGAAGCUCAUGAAGGUGGAGGACCCGUCGCUGCUCAACAACCGCGUCUUGCUCCAUCAUGCCAAGGCUGGGACAGUCAUCGCCCGUCAAGGGGACCAGGACGUGAGCCUCCACUUCGUGCUCUGGGGCUGCCUGCACGUGUACCAGCGGAUGAUCGACAAGGCAGAGGACGUGUGCCUCUUCCUGACGCAGCCCGGCGAGAUGGUGGGCCAGCUGGCCGUGCUCACCGGCGAGCCCCUCAUCUUCGAGAUGCAGCCACUGCGGCUCUUCGCCCAGCCCAGCCACGCAGCCCGCACCAGCCCCGUGCGCCACAGCAAGCGGGUCCUGAGCGCUGCCGUCGCUGAUGAGGGCAGGGAGAGCACAGCCAGGCCCCCAGAGGCAGCCAGGGAGCUGGCUGACCCGUUGAAGGCAGGAGCCCUGGAUGCCCCUGUGCCGCCGUUACUGAGCCGUUGCAUCUCGAUGCCAGUGGAUAUCUCCGGCAUCCAAAAAGGUCCCCGCUCCGACUUUGACAUGGCCUAUGAGCGUGGCCGCAUCUCGGUAUCGCUGCAGGAGGACAGCACCGGUGCCCUGGCCUCCUUCUCCCGGUCCAUCUCCCAAGAGCCCAAGGAGCGUAAGUCAGUGACAGUGGAGGAGCAGCCGUCGAGCAUCUACCACUACAACUAUUGCGAGGACGAGGCGGUGAGCGGUGAUGGCCUCUUCGGGCCCUCUCAGGGCCGCCAGAGCAGCACCAUCUUCGAGGCAGCGAAGCGGGAGCUGGUGAAGCUCAUGAAGGUGGAGGACCCGUCGCUGCUCAACAACCGCGUCUUGCUCCAUCAUGCCAAGGCUGGGACAGUCAUCGCCCGUCAAGGGGACCAGGACGUGAGCCUCCACUUCGUGCUCUGGGGCUGCCUGCACGUGUACCAGCGGAUGAUCGACAAGGCAGAGGACGUGUGCCUCUUCCUGACGCAGCCCGGCGAGAUGGUGGGCCAGCUGGCCGUGCUCACCGGCGAGCCCCUCAUCUUCACCAUCAAGGCCAACCGCGACUGCACCUUCCUCAAGAUCUCCAAGUCGGACUUCUACGAGAUCAUGCGGGAGCAGCCCAGCGUGGUGCUGAGCAUCGCCCACACCGUGGCCGCCCGCAUGUCGCCCUUUGUGCGCCAGAUGGACUUUGCCAUCGACUGGAUGGCGGUGGAGGCCGGGCGUGCGCUCUACAGGCAGGGCGACAAGUCAGACUGCACCUACAUUGCGCUCAAUGGGCGCCUCCGCUCCGUGAUCCAGAAGGGCAGCGGCAAGAAGGAGCUCAUCGGCGAGUACGGCCGCGGGGAUCUCAUCGGUGUGGUGGAAGCCCUCACUCGGCAGCCCCGAGCCACCACGGUCCACGCCGUCCGGGACACGGAGCUGGCCAAGCUGCCUGAGGGGACCUUGAACAACAUCAAGCGCAGAUACCCCCAGGUUGUCACCCGCCUCAUCCACCUGCUGAGCCAGAAGAUCCUGGGAAACCUGCAGCAGCUCCGGGGCCCCUUUGCAGGCUCCGGUUUGGGCAUGGCCUCCAGCUCAGAGCCCACCAACCCCACCAGCAACCUGUCAACGGUGGCAGUGCUGCCGGUGUGUGACGACGUGCCCACAGCUGCCUUCACCCUGGAACUCAAGCAUGCGCUCAAUGCCAUUGGUCCCACGCUGCUCCUCACCAGUGAUAUCAUCCGCGCCCGGCUCGGCUCAUCGGCACUGGACAGCAUCCACGAAUACCGCCUAUCGGGCUGGCUGGCCCAGCAAGAAGACAUCCACCGCAUUGUACUCUACCAAACCGACUGCACCUUGACACCCUGGACCGUGCGCUGCAUCCGGCAGGCAGACUGCAUCCUCAUCGUGGGGCUGGGAGACCAGGAGCCGGCGCUGGGAGAGGGGGGCCCCCGGAGGCAGCUGAUCCUGCUGCACCGCGAGGAUGGCGCCAGCCCUUGCCGCACCGUCGAGUGGCUCAACAUGCGCAGCUGGUGCUCCGGUCACCUACACAUCAAGUGUCCCCGGCGCGUCUUCUCCCGCCGCAGUCCUGCCAAGCUGAGGGAGAUGUACGAGAAAGUGUUUGAGAAAAACGCCGACCGGCACAGUGACUUCUCCCGCCUGGCGCGAGUGCUCACCGGCAACACCAUCGCCCUGGUCCUGGGUGGAGGCGGCGCCAGGGGCUGUUCCCACAUCGGGGUAAUCAAAGCCAUGGAGGAGGCGGGGAUCCCCAUCGACAUGAUCGGCGGCACCUCCAUCGGCUCCUUCAUCGGCGCGCUCUACGCCGAGGAACGCAGUGCCGUGCGCACCAAGCAGCGGGCCCGCGAGUGGGCCAAGUGCAUGAAUUCGGUGUUUGAGACUGUCCUGGACCUCACCUACCCCAUCACCUCCAUGUUUUCGGGCUCAGCCUUCAACGCCAGCAUCAAUAAGGUUUUCCAGGAUAAGCAGAUCGAGGACCUGUGGCUGCCCUACUUCAACGUGACGACCGACAUCACAGCCUCUGCCAUGCGGGUGCACACGGACGGUAAGAGCUCACCAGGCUGCUGGUGCACCCCAAGGAUUUGGGGGGGACCUCUCCAAGCCCUGUCGCACCACAUUUCGGCGUCCCUCCCGCCACUCUGCGACCCCAAGGACGGCAACUUGCUGAUGGACGGUGGUUACAUCAACAACCUGCCAGCUGACAUCGCCCGCAACAUGGGUGCCAAGACGGUGAUUGCCAUCGAUGUGGGCAGCCAGGAUGAGACGGACCUGUGCAACUACGGUGACAGCCUCUCAGGCUGGUGGCUCCUCUGGAAACGUCUCAACCCUUGGGCUGAAAAAGUCAAGGUCCCCGAUAUGGCAGAGAUCCAGUCGCGCCUGGCCUAUGUGUCAUGCGUGCGGCAGCUGGAGGUGGUCAAGUCCAGCUCCUACUGCGAGUACAUCCGGCCCCCCAUCGACCGCUUCAAGACCAUGGAUUUUGGCAAGUUUGACGAAAUCUAUGACGUGGGCUACCAGCACGGCAAGGUGGUCUUUGAUGGCUGGAGCCGCGGCGACAUCAUCGAGAAGAUGGUGAAGGACCGGCGCUCAGCCGACUUCUACAUGCUCAUGGACGUGCUGACGAGCCCCAGCGCUGGCUUCACGGACCUGGCAGAGAUCGUGUCCCGCAUCGAGCCCGCCAAGAGCUACCUGUCGGACGGUUAUGCGGACGAAGAGUCCGACUACCUCACUGAGUACGAGGAAGAGGGGCUGGAGGUGGCACGGGGUGAGGAGGAGGCCUUCACCCCCGCCGAGUGGCCUGGGGCCUCCGAGACAGUGAGUGCAUCCAUGUAGGC